AUGUUCGCCAUGUUGAGCGACGAGCGGGCAAAGUGGAAAAUUGCUUCUAGUUCAGAGAAAAGGUCGCUUUUGGUAGCGGUGAACUGCCUCGCUGGUCUGGCAAUAUUUUUCUUUGGCUAUGAUCAAGGCAUGAUGGGUGGAGUCAAUGACUCCCAGGCAUACGUGCACCGAAUGGGAUUGGGAUACGAGAAGAAUGGAUCAAUAACUGUUACCAACACCCUGCUGCAAGGGGGCAUUGUCUCGGUAUAUUACCUCGGAACCUUGAUCGGCUGCUUCAUGGGUGGUUAUGUGAGUGAUCGGUCCGGUCGCAUCAAGUCACUUGCUUUUGGUGCCGCAUGGGGAAUAAUUGGGGCAGCGCUCCAAUGCACAGCAAUGAACCCAACAUGGAUGAUCGUGUCUCGUCUAAUCAACGGCAUCGGUACUGGAAUCUUGAAUGCCACCGUGCCAGUUUAUGGAUCUGAGCUUGCUGACUAUGAGUCCCGUGGCAUGUUCAUUGCCAUGGAGUUCACACUGAAUAUUGUUGGCGUGGUGGUGGCUUACUGGCUGGGAUUCGGACUCAGCUACAUUAACAACGGCACAUCUGAAUUUCAAUGGCGUUUUCCUAUUGCUUUUCAGAUUAUCAUGCUGCUUCUCCUUAUCACCGGCUGCUGGUUCUUUCCAGAGUCUCCUCGUUGGCUGUGCAUGAUGGGCCGACGAGAUGAGGCGAUGUACGUCCUUAAGCGUCUUCGCGGACAUGAAAACGAACGUGCGAUCCAGUUGGAGAUGCGAGAAAUUCAGACUGUCGUCGAAUUGGAGGCAGAGUCAGGAGAAAAUAUCACAUAUUUCCAUAUGCUGUUCGGAAUUGGCCAGGGGGAUUUGCAUAUUGCCCGACGCGUGCAACUUGUGAUAUGGCUACAAAUCCUUCAAUGCUGGUCGGGCAUUGCCGGCGUCACAAUGUACGCACCGACAAUUUUCAAAAUUGCCGGAUUCGAUUCUCAAAAGACCAUGUGGAUAUCUGGGCUCAAUAACAUCUUCUACGCAUUUGCCACAUUGAUUUGUGUCGUCACCCUGGAUCGGAUUGGUCGACGCUGGACCUUGUGGUGGGGAGCAGCAGGACAAGCAACUGCAAUGUUCCUCGCAGGCGGUAUGGCGCGCGGUGGCAUCAAUAACCCAGAAAACCAGGCUCCAUGGGGUAUCGCAGCAACAUCGAUGGUCUAUCUGUAUACAUUCGUCUUUGGUGCGACUUGGCUCACCGUACCAUGGCUAUAUCCAGCAGAGAUAUUUCCCCUCAAAAUCAGGGCCAAGGGCAACGCUUGGGGUGUUGUUGGCUGGAGUUUGGGAAACGGAUCAUUAACUUUGGCUCUUCCGUACGUUUUCGCGGCCAUUGGAGAGAAUACACUACACGUGUUCGGUGCCGUUAACCUUAUCAGCAUCCCAAUAAUAUGGGCUUUUUAUCCUGAGUCCAGCCAGCGUACACUUGAGGAAAUUGACAUGCUCUUCACUUCCAAAUCUCCAUUUGUUUGGGAAGCCGAGUCAAAUUUUGCUGCAUUCAUGGCUGAAAACCCAAAUUUUGGUGCCGCUCGUACGAGAAAUAGUAUUGUUGACGACGCUGAGAAAGCAUGUAAUGCUAAGUCGGAGCAUGAGGAAACAGUCUCUUCCCAUUAA